AUGAUACUUCCUCCAAAUCAUCCGUCAUUGGCUAAUUCAUACAAUAAUAUCGCAAUGGCGUACUGCAAAAUGGAAAGAUACUCAGAAGCAAUUUCUUUCAUCGAAAGAACACUUUUAAUCGAACAAAAUACAAUGCCUCCAAAUCAUCCAUCAUUGGCUAUUUCAUAUGGUAACAUCGCUGCAAUAUACGAAAGAACGAAGCAGUACUCUAAAGCAGUUUUCUUUCUUGAAAAAUCUAUUGAAAUAUUGGAAAAGUCAUACGGCCCAAUGCAUAAGGACUGUUAUCAUUCGUACACAAUCAUAGCUGAUAUUUAUAGACAAAUGAAAGAGUAUUCCAGAGCACUUUCUUUCUAUGAAAAAUCUCUUCAAAUUCAACAAAAACUAGUUCCUUCCAACCAUGCUAAUUUAUUCUUUGUGUUCAAUGAAAUUGCUCAUAUAUAUAUGGAAUUGCAUGAGUACUUGAAUGCGCGUCUUUUCUUCGAAAAAUCGAUUCAAAUCCUGGAAGAAAUACCAUCUCAAAACUAUCUCGUAUUGGCUAGUUUGUACAACAAUAUAGCUUGCACAUACAGUCUUGUGAAACAGUAUUCGGCAGCACUUCCAUUUCUUGAAAAAUCACUUUCAAUUCAUCAACGAAUAAUUAAGGAAGUAAGAUGNUUUUUGUCGAUUUUUGACAAUGAUCAAUGCACAGAAUUUACUGAUCGUGUUGUUUCACCCGAUGAUGCUUCAGAAUUAAUCUGUUGUUUACAAUUUAAUAAUCACGUUGCUCUUCGUCUCAUUAAGUUCUGUCGUUCUAUUGAAUAUUUCGAAGGUUUACAUGUAGAUGAUCGCUUUAUAUUGAUUAAAUACAAUACUCUUUUUCUUUCUGGUAUUUUGUCAUGUCAUCGAAGGAAAUCAACAAGUCAUUUGCCGCCAUACGCGAAAUAUGAAGAAGAACUGUUUCAACGUGAACUUUACAUAUUAUGUAAUAAAUCUGAUGCGAUGCUGGAGAUGAUUGUAAACUUAUCAAACUGUUUCAUUGAAGUUAUUCAACAUGAUGAAAUAUUCUUAUGUCUUCUUCUGAUUAUUUUUCUAUUUUCGAAAGGUUUAUCAAUGAGUGAAAAUGAACCGGCACUUAACGAUUCAUUAUCUGCCUAUCGAGCUCAAGCAUAUUAUACAAAGUUAUUGUGGAAUUAUCUGACGAAUAAACAAACUGAAACAAAUACGUAUGAAUAUUUCAUUAAAAUAUCUAUUAUUAUUUGUCGAGCUCAAACGACUGUAAUGAAAUUUAAAGAAUUUCUUUGUAAUCAAAUGGUGACUGUGGAUGCUAUCGAUGAAAUUGCACCGCUUAUGCAAACUAUUCUACAUAUCUCUUAG